AUGACCAGUGAUCAAGCUAUUUCUAUAUGUAUCUUUUUGGACGACUAUCUCGACUUCCGGUCCUCCUCCUCAUCACUCUUUUUCUCGUUCACCUCAAUCGUCAGAUCACUCGAAUUCGAAGAUCCUCCAUAUGGUCAAAGUGUCUACGAUAUCGAGAUGCCAAAGAGGAAUUACUAUCAACACGUUUGGCGACAAAUUCACAUGAAUAUGCCCAGAGAGCAACAAGGUAAACGAGCCGAGAAGUUAUCCAAAGUGCGUGCCAAUGCUUAUUAUCGACUCGGC